AUGGCCUAUCAGUAUUCUGGAACUGGUCAGCAGUCUGUCGCUGAGUUGCAGAGCCUCACCACUUUCAUUGGUGAUCCACUAUUUAAUCAUAGUGAUGCUAUUUCAUUUUCCCAUACUUGGGAUCAAAGAACAUUGACGCUUAUUUGCAGAAGCUACCUAAAGAGAGUAAAAAGUAGAGCACCAAGACUGAGGCCCCAGAACUCGAAAUACCUGGAGUCUUUGAUAACUGAUAUAAUAGAAUCCAUUUUCAAGGAUGACAUUGCAACAUCCUUCAAUAUGACUCCCUAUCAUGAGUUCUGGAAAUCUCCCAAUGGACAUAGCAUUGAGGUAUUCUCAGAAGCUUACUCCAGCCCCAAAAUGAUCGAGACAUAUGCCAAGAUUAACGAUCUGCCUCGUGAAGCAGGAGACAACCUUGAGCGUGUUGUCACAUCUCUCAUGAUGUGGCCCGACGCAACUCAUCUUGUGAGUUUUGGCAACAUUUCAGUUUGGCCUUUCUACCAUUAUUUUGGCAAUCAAUCCAAGUAUACUCAAGGGAAACCGACUGCAUCUGUGUGUCACCACGUCACUUACAGUCACUCAAAAAAGUAA